AUGUUUGUCGGUGUAGUUUAUUUAAAAGUUCUUAUAAACAUUCACCGCUUUAUUUUUAAUUUUAACGAAAAUAUGAAGUCGAAAACGACCUCAAAGCCCAAAGGUGACAGUAGUGAUUUGGACCCUAGUGAAAUAAACGAGAGCUACGAUGAGUUCAACGCGAUAAUGUUGCCGAUAUCGAGAACAAUGAGCAAAAGUCCGUCAAGUGAUGAAGGCAUUGAACCGGAUUCAGAUCUCAAGUCAUUGCAUCAAGUUCCCGGGCCGUGGAGCUUGGAUUCUUCAUUGAGCAAUGCUGAUGAUGACUGCUGUAGACGUGAUUCCAAUAACAGUACCAGCAGCUUGGGGCAAAGACGUAAAUCGCGAGCCAAAGUUACACGUUGCUGUAGCUCUGAUAGUGCUGUUAUCAGCGAUGAUGAUCAGAAUAAAGGAUGGGAUAACUUGAUACUUGGAGAUAGAAGCGAGUGCGACUCGAUGACGGACGAGAAGCCGAGAUAUUGGCGAACACCGAGUGUCGUUGUCAGUGAUUACUCAGAUUACUCUUACCUAGACGAAAAGUUUGAGCGCAAUGAGUUGUAUGUUGAGGGAGGCACGAGUGGUACACCUAGUCAGGCGAGCAGUUGUUCUUGUUUAGAUUGCGAUGAAAUACGUGAAUUUAAUGAUGAUUUACAUUCGUCUGCUAUUGACAAUCAUCUUCUACAAGUAUGCGGUCUCAGGCGGCACUCUGAUUCGUGUUGUGCGUGCUUGAGUACUCGUAAUAAUAUCAAUUCCCGGAUUAGUAAUGAGAGCCGAAGACAUUCAUGCCUCGCUGUUAAUAAUUCUUCUCACUUAUUUAAACUGGACACUACUGUGAGCUGUACCGAAGAACGAGGAUACGAUAUUACUGAAGGAAAUAAAACGACAAUUGAACUUCUAGAUAUCCCGCCGAUACGUAAAAUCUCGGACUGCUCAACAAACUCGAGUCUGAGUGGGGACGACUUUGAGGUCACCGAACUGCAACCGUUAAAGAGGCCACAGUAUGUCUGUGUCUACAUUGAUGGGUAA